CCGAUGGUGCUGCAGUCCGGGAGACUUGGGAUGUGGUGGGCGGAGAUAUAUCUUCUCAUUAUAAAUAGGUAGUCACAGGCGAGCUAUGAAGAAGAGCCAAGUUGUGACGGAUCGAGUUCUGGACUGGAUAUAACAUUAACAUUUGGAAAAAAUGCACAUUCCAGUGAUUGGUCAGUUCUCAUGAUUGUGUCAUCAUGCAUCCCCAAUCCUGCCAAGAGACCCAGGAAAACCAGGUGUUUUACGGCUAUCCUGUCAACAGCAACCAGUAUGGGCAGCCAGUUGGAAAUGCCUGGCUUAAUUCAAACCAAGUUACAAGUUCCCAAGGAAUCCCAAGUUCCGAUUUCAACCAGCAGAUCAAUUGCAGACCCAGUCAGCAUCAGCUUUCAUCACAGCAUGGAACAUACCCCCCACAGGCUAGUUACCAUGGAAAUGGAUCUCAUGUAAUAUCAUCACCAAAUCGGAAUUCUGUUUGUCCACCUGCAGUUUCAGCCUCAGUCCCAACUUCAGGUCCUUAUUACAGUUCCUGUGGAUACAGCAUUCAAGCAGACAAUUCCCAGAUGGUACAGUCACAUCAAGGAGCUGUGGCACAACCUACACACAUACCCUCUUUAGGAACAGCACAGGACUGGCAUGUGAGAAAAGCCUCACAAACGUUUGUGGUGCAAAGCACCCCUGGGAAACCUCAAUCACAAACAACACAGAACUGGUGUAUACAGACUAACUCACACACAAAUAUGAAUGUUGUCCCAAAUGGAAGACUUCAAAUGUUAAGUGUCCAACCUCAGACCUCUGUUAACAAUCUGAAUGUCAACAGGUCAUUUCACUCAGAACAGACAUUACAGUUACAGACAGUACAGAUAAAGCAGCCAAGAUGUGUUACUGUUCAAAACAAAUCUUCUCACCCAUCUCAGGCAUUGCUGUUGCAGAGGUCCAACUGUCAACCUCAUAUUUCAAACCAAGGCAGUUAUGGACAACACAGACAACAUACUACAAAAUCCAUACUGCAGCAGCAACUCUUAUUUAAAAAUAAGGAGAGAAAGAAGAAGGUGGCCCAGGCAUAUCUUCCAAAUUCAGUUAACAGGGAACUGCAAAAUAUCCAGACGAAUGGCAGGUUGAGCUCCAAAGGCCCUGCAUUACAACCAACGCAAAGUAGCUUGAUUCCCAAUGGAACAUAUGGACAAAACGUGACACUGGUCUCAUCACUUGCCUCCAUAAUGGCUUCUCAAUGUCAUUACUCAAACAUCUCAACCCACACACCUCCUGUCUCCUCUGAUGUACAGAGGUUGAACCCUUAUCCUUAUGGACUACACUCACAGUCAGCCCCCUCUCAAGACAUGAACGUUCCCUCUUAUUCCAAUGAUUUGCCCCCCUCAACCACCAGCUACAAUAGUCUGUCCCCUCCAGAUAAUGUCACAGUGUUAAGCUCCAAUGCUGCCCAUACAAAUCAGAACAAUCCAACGUCUGUGGACAAUUCACCCAUGGUGGCUUCUCCUCCUUUUUACUCAAGUAGCUCAACCAGCUUACGUCUUGUCUCCUCAGGUGUGAAUGAAUUAAACCCUCCUCCUUAUCCUUAUGGACCACACUCACAAUCAUCCCCUUCUCAAAACAUGAAAGUUCCCUCUUGUUCCAAUGAUUUGAUCCCCUCAACCACCAGCUAUAAUAGUCUGUCCCUUCCAAAUAAUGUCACAGGUGUGAAUGGAUUAAACCCUCCUCCUUAUCCUGGGACAUACCCACAGUCUGCCCCUUCCAAAAAUAUGAACAUUUCCUCCUCUGGAUCAAGUGAUUUUCUUCCAUCAACCACCAGAGCCAACUGUUUGCUGCCUCGUCGUCAUCAUGUUUUGGGAAGUCUCAGACAUACAAGCCAGAACAAUCAUACUUUUGUGGACAAUUCAAACAGAAAUGAAAGUAGAGCUCCUAACCUUGGUAAUGGACAUUCUGUUCAUGGUGCACUUGCCCAACAACAAAACUCCUCUGUUGACUCACCCCAACAGAGGUUGUUCCAACAACAGCAUUCACAGAGGAAAGCAGAUCUGUACAACCACCAUACACCAAACUUGCACAACAAACCUGCCGUAACUCUGCAAGACAGAAAUACUUUGCUCUUGAAUCUCCUUGUAACAAAAGACACAUGGAAUAUUGACCAAAGCAUUGAAUUUAUGGGCUGCCAUGGCUCUAUUAUUCAAGGGCCCCCUAACAAAAGUGUACAGACACACAGAGCAGUUGCAGUCGUACCUCCUAUAUCAAAGCAACCUGGAGAUAGUGGCAAAGGGAAGGAAUGGGAUGACGCCCUUCCCAACUGUGAUGACCAUCAUCCCAUGUUAAUGAAAGAUUUGCAGUCUCUUGCUGAUGACAAGAAAAUCAAGAAGGCCAUUGUUUUGCCUUUUGACACUGACAGUGCUGCUGUGAGGAAAACAUGUGUGAAGUCUGCAGAGGUUGGCUGUUGUCCUGAAGCUGAUGUCACUGAUGAGUCUGCAGUCUGCCACAACUUGAAUUCUCUCAAUAGCCUGUCCCCUGAAAACAAAGAUACUCCCAAGGACCAGAACAAUGAAGAGUUAUGUGGACCAGAUGUUUUCUUUGGCAUGCCUAUAGUGACGUUCAGUCUGAAAAUGGUGAAGAUAUUGGUGAUAGCCAUGGAGUUGAAAGAAGAGGAAGAAAGGGAAAAAAAUGAAAGCAGAAUGAACAACAAACCAGAAUUUGCAGAUGCUGUACUUGAUCUUUAUUGGGCUGGCAAAUAUCUCAACUACACUGUAGCAGAACUAGACGGUACAUUUGAAAAUAUAUUGAAGGAGGCUGCAAAGCUUGACACAAAAGAAGAUAAUAUGGUGUUUGAUGUCAUGGACGUGGAGAAUUUAAAUCAGCUGAAGCAAAAGGGCCAUAUUCUUACCAAUUGUUUUGAUUGUGACAUAGCCACAGAGUUAAAUAAAUCAUCGUGGAGAAAUGUAAAUGAUGAAUCAUUGGACAUUGACCGAGAAUUGGCAGAUGAAGAUUUUACAAGAGAAAUCUGUGGAUCAUUGCUGGAACAUUGUAAUCUAAAGUCACAGGAAAGACACUUGCUCAAUAGCAUCCAAGCCCCAGAUACCACAUCUCCCCAUGAGGACAGUGUGUCUAAGAAAGAUCUCUGUCCAUCCUCACCACUGCGAAAAGACACAGCUUCUUUGUACAAUGAAAACUGUACAGCCAAAGCUGAGCAGACUAAACAUGUCAAACCUGAAAGUCAAGAUGAUCCUAGACAAAAAGUGACAGUCUCCACCAACAACAACAGUGAUAGACAAAGUGUUUCAAAAAAGGAAAACAAGGAAGAUGAUGUCUCCCUUCAGGUUUUAAUGUCUUUAAGAAAUCUCAAUAGACAUUCAUAUAAAAAAUCAGAUGCUGCUGACACUCAGAAGGACACAGUGUUUAACAUUCUCGAGAUGUCUGAGGAACAAACCUCACAACAUUGUUUAAGAAUAGGAUCAGAAAGCACAGCUGUUCUUAAAAUUUCAUCCUCACAAGAUUCUGUGGACUCGGGUCAUAACAGCAGAGACUUGGAUCAUGAGAUGAAUGUGACUGAAGAAGGUUUGAAAUUGUCUGAAAGACUCUGUGAAGAGGUGGAAACAUCAGAAAAGGACUAUUCAGUGAGCCCAGCUGAUACGAUGUUGUCCAUCAAAUUAACUGCUUUGUCAUCUGAGAAAGAAGAUAAGGUUGAUUCUGAAAAUGUACAUCAGGACCUCAUUAGUUCUCCACAGACAGAUCCGCCAUCACCUAGCAAUGAGCAUUCAUAUGAGUCCCCGAAGAGUCCAGAUGAACCCAUGCUGUCAAUGAAAAUAACAGUGUUGUCAAUGGAGGAGUUUAAAGCAUUGUCAAAAGAAUUAUGGGUAGACUCUGAUGACAGUGUACACAAUGUUGCUCCGUCUUCUCCCAUUUGUCUUGACAGUGAAGAUGAUGAUCUGGAGGUGGACUUGGAGCACACUUUUAAGACAAUUGGAGAUUUGAGUCAAAUGAUGAAACAAGAAAAGAUUACUACAUUUGAAGAAGAGAUUCCAUCCUUUCCCUCCAUAGAGCAAGUGUUGAAACAGUGUGAAAUACAGACAAGCAGAACAGCUACAAAAGGGCUACCUAGUCCUCUUAAAGAUAGCAGGAAGGAGAAGGACACUCUGGAACAUCAACUUCCAUCCCAAAAUGCUUGCAGAAAGGACCAUGCUCUGACAACCCAUCAGGGAGCCAAGUCCCCUGGACUGGAGAUUCAUAUUCCUCACUCAUCAUCAUCCAGGGGGAUUAAAGCCAGCUCUCCCAUCUCUCCAUCUGCUCCCAUAAGGACAACAAACUCUGAUGUAAUGAAGGAAUCAAGUUCACUGGAGGCUGAAAGCUCAAGUGCAAGUAAUGAACAUGAAAUCAGCAGUCCCACCAGCACUCUCCAGUCAGUACCGCUCAAAAAAUGUAGAAUGGAACCACUCGAAAAUUGUGAGAAUUCAAAGUUGACAGAUGUCCUGUGUCCAUCAGGCCAUUCACCCCUGAAAGUGACUAAGAAAUCUAAUAACUCCCAAAAGAUUGUUACAGACAUCACAAAGACACCAGACAAUAAAAGGCAUAUAGAUAAUGAUGUAAGCCUCAAUAAUACCUCAAGGGAGAAUGUUCUGAAUCUAGCAAGUACUUCAGAAAAUCCAGAAUUGCCAAAGUCUUCAGGUGUGCACAGGAAAAGAAAACGUGUAGCGUUUAAGCUGUAUGGAUCCCAAAAAGUAGAUUCUAAGGAAGCAAAUGGAAUGGAUCAGUAUCACACAAAUUGUGACCGUAAUUUGCCUCCUCUACUUAAUAUUUUGUAUUCCCCUGACCAGACAUCUGCCAGGGACAAGAUCAGGAAAUGUUGGGGGGACAGUUUUGUGCCCACUCCUGUCAAAUGCAGAAUACUGUCAAGCUCAGAAGAUAAGAACAGGGAAAAGAAUGUGCCUGAAAGACCAGUAAAUCACUAUAAAUUACCUAGAAAGGACCAGGAAGAGCAGCAGCGAUCAUCUGACAAUGAACCCCAGUCAGAAAGGAAAUCGUCUGGCAAAGACAAGGAUAAGCAGCAGCAGCGAUCAUCCAGCAAGGAGCACCGGUCAGAUCACAGAAAGCGUAAACACAGGUCCUUCAGUCUAGGCAAAUUGAGACGGGAAGCUGAGAGGAGGAACACAUCCAAAAAAUCUCUGCAAGAAAAGCAAGACAUGGGACUACAUGUGAUUAAACGGUAUCAGCAGAUUCACAUGAAAGUGUGACCAAGAAUAACGACGAGUGAUAGAAAAUACUGAUAAUGAGAUUUAUUGAAAUUGCAUCAGGAUGGGCCAAUUGUAUUCUGAUUUGUCUCAUAUCUGGAGGUGUAGUAAAUAAUCUGUCAUAUUGGAUUACUGUCUUGCCUGGUUGUUGGUAUGUAGCCCAGCAUUUUUAUAUUUUUAUGUUGUAUGUUUUAUAUUUGUUUUAUAUUUUAUAUUUGUUAAUACACUAUGCAGCAUAUUGUUGAUUGUUGACACCAUGUUACACCUUCAGGUUAAGGUUGAAUGAUGUCAUUUUUUACUGUUUGUUUUUUAUGGAUAUUUUUUAUCAACAAUGUCAUGUCAAAUGUGUUUUUAUACAGUACAUAUAUUUUUUAAAUAAAGCAAUACUGCAGCAACAUAAAGGAUAAUGCCCUAGCUAACAAACGUUGCGCUUGUACUGAAUGACCCAGAUCAAGGAUAAGAAUUUCCAGAAGAACAAAGGUGAAAAGUAAAUUACAUUGAAAAGUAGUGUUGGCAGUAAUAAAACACACAUAAUGUUGUUAUCUGUUAUUUUCGGAUGAUGACGAGAACUCAAGCACUCUGGUAAAACCCGAUCCAAGAAGACACAAAGAGACUGAAGAGAGCUGCCGUUGACCACAAAGUUUAAUUCACAAGUACUGUGCGAACAGAGAUGUGUCGUAAUGGGCAAGUCCCCAUGUACAGGAGUGCAUAAACUUUAGGGGAACAGGACAACGUGCUCUUACCGCAGAGUGGUACAUAGGCCUUCACUGGAAAAAAAUUUACACUCCAUAAAUUGUUUGCCUAAAAGUUAGAUUAUUGCAAAGUGGAUAGAAAAGAGGAUGUGAAUGCUUAGACAAACGUCUUACUAUAUAAAAUGUAUUUAUACAACCCCAAAACAGAAAAAGCUGGGUUGUUGUGUAAAAUGUGAAUAAA